ACUGCAGACAUAGUACAGGAGAUGACCAGAGACUGCAGGCAUAGUACAGGAAAUGACCAGAGACUGCAGACAUAGUACAGGAGAUGAGCAGAGACUGCGGACAUAGUACAGGGGAUGAGCAGAGACUGCGGACAUAGUACAGGAGAUGACCAGAGACUGCAGACAUAGUACAGGAAAUGAACAGAGGCUGCGGACACAGUACAGGAGAUGCCCAGAGACUGCUGAUAUAGUACAGAAGAUGACCAUUGACUGCGGUCACAGUACAGGAGAUGACCAGAGACUGCAGACACAGUACAGGAGAUGACCAGAGACUGCGGACAUAGUACAGGAGAUGACCAGAGACUGCGGACAUACUACAGGAGAUGACCAGAGACUGCGGACA